AUGAUACAUACAAAAAAGCAUUCUAAAUAAACCAAAAAAUCAAAGACUAGCGAUGAUUUCACUGAGCCUCAUCCAAAAUUAUUACUAGAACGUUUCCCUUACACCUCAAAAGAUUUUUAACUUAAAGAUGUUCCUGUACUAGCCAUUGAUCAAAGUUUUUUUAAUGAUCCAUUCAAAAUGAUUGAUGAACUCUAUAGCAAAGGUUAUGAGUAAUUUGGAAUUGUAAAACUGAUUCUACCUUCAGAUUUAGUGAUUCCCAAUAAGAAAUUCUUCUCUCAGUUAGAGUCUAAGCUUAAGGGUAAGAGAAUACAAACUCGUAUCUAAACAUUAAACACCCAAAGAGCUGGAGAGGUAUUUUCCUUUAUUAGCAUAGAUAUUUGGUUCUAACACUCUAGGAUUUACUAUCUAGGAGUAUAUGAAUCUUGCUAAUAAGUUUGAGUGCAGUCAUAGAUUGUAAGGGGUAAGAGAAGUGUCUAAUCAAAUUCGAUAGAAUGAAAUAGAGUUCUGGUCAAUUAUAGAUUAUCCAACUAAAUACGAAGAUAUUGAAGUGGAGUAUGCAGCAGAUCUUUUAGCAUCUAAAUAUGCCACAGGGUUUUAGGAAGGGUAGUUAGGAAAUCUAAAUGGGAUAAAUAAAAACAGGAAUUCAAUUUUCUAAGUUCUUUAGGAAAAGAAUGAAAUUAAUGGUAUCUCAGUACCUUGGUUGUAUUUGGGUAUGAAAUAUGCUAACUUCUGUUGGCAUAAGGAAGAUCUUAAUUUAAAUUCAAUGAAUUAUAUGCAUGCAGGAGCUGCAAAGACAUGGUAAUCUAUUUGAUUAAUAAUCAAAUAGGUAUGCUGUGCCACCUAGUUACAGUGAUAAGUUUCUCUAAUUCUUCAAUAAAGCUUAUGAGAAUGAAAGGAAAUCAAACCCUCAUUUAUUGUAUGACAUCACUUGUUAAAUCUCACCUAUAGAGUUGAUUGAGAAUGGAAUCCCAAUUCUAAGAACUGAUCAACAACCAGGUGAAUUAAUAUUAACUUUGGGUGCUACAUAUCAUGCAGGUUUUUCUCAUGGUAUUUAUAAUAAUAAAAAUAAGGACUAAAUUGUAGUGAAGCUGUUAAUGUUGCUCCAAUUUAAUGGUUAAAAGAAUUCGAUAAAGCAACAUAAGAAUAUCGUAUGGAUGGAAACUUAAAGAAGGUAAUUAAAAUGGAGAUUAUCUAUUUUAGGUGAGUUUCCCUUUAGAAUGGUUGCUUUGUAAGGUAGCCUUGAUGGCUGAAGAGAUAAAGUUCACAAAAUAAGCAUGGUAAAAAGUAUAUUUUUUAAAUUAUAUUUAAGUUGUUUGAGAAAUUUAAACAAAUGAUGGAUUAAGAAAUUAAUCAUCGUAAUUGUAUAAUAAGUUUGUAUGAUCAUGUUAAAAUAAUUGAAUUUGCAAAUAAGUAGGAGAAAUAUGAUAGAAGUGUUUGCAAAAUCUGUUCCAAUUAUAUGUAUUUAAGUUACAUUUUUUGUGGGAAGUAAUAUAUUCCAUAAUUUUAUUAGAUGUUUAAAAAAGGGAUGUAUUUGUCAUUAAAGUAUUUGUGCUUGUUCCUCUCCAUAAAUAUCACUAUAUAAUCGAUACAAUAAUGAAGAACUAUAAGUGAUGAUUGCUACAUUAGAGUCCAAAAUUAGAACAACGGGGUCGUGA